AUGUCAAGUGGCUCGCUUGCAUCUAAAUAUUAGGAAUUUGUAGAGAGACCUCUAAAUGCUAUUCAUUUAGGCAGAUCAGCUUGGCCUUUAUUGCAUAGAUUCACUUUGGGCUAUCCAGAAAAUCCAACUGAUCAAAACAAGCAAAAGGCUCUAUAGUUUAUUUAGUCCUUCUCCAAGAUUUACCCCUGCAAGGUCUGCGCAUCUGACUUUUAAAUAAAGAUUAAAGAUCACCCUCCAAAAUUGGACAGCAGAAAUGAUUUGGUUAUUUGGAUGUGUGAAUAGCAUAACUUUGUGAAUCAAAAACUAGGAAAAGAGCCUUUUAGAUGCAAUGUGCGAAGAAUUGAAUUAAUUCACGGAGGCAGCCAUAGAAAAUCAGAUAGCUGGAAUAUUCAGUGA